AUGGCUACUAUUAAGGUCCAUCUUUUCUUAACAAGACACUGUUUAAUAUACAAUCCAUUGGGUAUAAGAAAGAGAGAAAAAGAGAGAAAAAAAAUAGCUACUCCUUGUCAUUCAAAAUUUCAACAACUUUUAGCCGAUAUCGCUAAUAUUGGAAGUACUACGGGAUUUAAGUAUUUCACUCUUCAGUUAAACGGAAAAGAAGAAUUGCUAUGUUCUAUAUUAAACAGUCCUUCGAUUUACAGCAAUGAAAAUGCUAUUGGUUGGGAUGAUAUAUACGAUACCAACAAUAUAUCAAAGAAAAGGCGACCUCCGCUAUUAUCGCAGAUGAGCCAAAGCAAUUUAUUAAAAGAAUCUGGCGGUACUGGCUCUAGCUUGCCUCCAGCUAGCCCUCCGAUAUCUUGUAUCAGUAAUGCUGAUGAAACAUUAUUCCUGAUUGGUGCUUAUCCGCUUUACGACCGGCCGUAUGUUUGGAUUCGAAACAAUCAUAGCCGCUUCAUGGUAGAUUCAGAUUUAGAAAAUGAAAAAACGAAGAGCAGCCCCUUACGAUUAAAGUCAUCACUUGAAUGGGAAAAGAGAGAUAUUCGAAUCUGGGAUAUAAUAGCAGAACUUGUAACUAUUUCAUGCAGACCGUCACCAAGAAAUCCAUUCGCUAUCGAUAUAGAUUAUUAUGAUAAUUCUCCACUUGUUGAGAGUACUUUGGCUACUGGAUCUACUAUUCGAAUUUUACAGGAAAUUGUUACUUCAAGUCACCCAUACAAUGACAAAGUGUGGGAUGACUUACAGCAGCUGACCAAACGCCAUUUCGAAGACUUGGAAGCAGUAGUUGGAAACUGCAAAGUUAUAUCAGAUUGUAGCCCUCUAAUGUGA